AUUUACCUUGUGAGACAUCUACCUAAUGAGACAUGUACCUGACGAGACAUGUACCGAGUGAGACAUCUACUUGUUGAGAUAUCUACCUAGUGAGGCAUCUACCUUUUGAGACAUCUACCUGGUGAAGCAUCUACCUAUUGAGACAUCUACAUGGUGUGACACCUACUUAGUGAGACAUCUACCUAGUGAGGCAUCUACUUAUUGAGAUAUUUGCCUGGUGAGACAUCGACCUGACGAGACAUCUACCUAGUGAGACAUCUACCUCGUGAAUAAGAACAAGUUAGAGUAGAGUCUCAGUGUAAUUUUGUCGCCUAACUCAGUGUAAUGUUGACGUUAUUUUGGGGAUAAUAUUUAUUUUAUAUUUUACCGAAAGCCAGCCAAGUGGACAUAUUCCUCCACUCUCACUAACGAGGGAUUACGUUAUCGUGAAAACCCUGGACAGCUUUACGAGGGUCCCAGGGCUUAAGAAUACUCAGAACUCUAUAUCAUUGACAUCAUGAGAAACCGCUAAGAAAAGUAAGUCUUGGGAGUGAGGGAAGAGAAGACGAAUAAAUAUCAGUGUAAGGAAUUUGGAAAUUGUCAUCUGCAAGUUGGAUUUAAUUUUGAAUUUGAAUUUAAUUUAGUUUUUAAUUUGAUAGCAUAAAUCACCUGCGUGGUAGGUAAAAGAGUUACACAGGCUCUUGAUGUAUAUUUUGUAUGUCAAGGCCGCGUUCAUUAGGAGGUGACCUUUAGUGUUUAUAACAGGGGCUGCCACAUCACCUUUAAGACCAAGAGGCCAAGUUCACAGGUGAUGACGGAUGGUAAUAUCACACACACAGACACACACACACACACACCUUGAGUCAUCUAUGUACACACUUGCACCUCUUUAUCAAUACGGGGCCAGUGUCUCUCUCUCUCUCUCUCUCUCUCUCGUACAGGUUUGGGUACACAGGUUUAGGUAUAAAUUAAAGGUUUAUGUACACAGGUUUAGAUAUAAAGUACAGGUUUAUGUACACAGGUUUAGAUAUAAAGUACAGGUUUAUGUACACAAGUUUAGGUAUAAAGUACAGGUUUAUGUACACAGGUUUAGGUAUAAAGUACAGGUUUAAGUAUAAAGUACAGGUUGAUGUAUAAAAUACAGGUUUAAGUAUACAGUACAGGUUGAGGUAUAAGAUACAGGUUUAGGUAUAAAGUACUGGUUUAGGUAUACAGUACAGGUUUAGGUAUAAAGUACUGGUUUAGGUAUACAGUACAGGUUUAGAUAUAAAGUAAUGGUUUAGGUAUAAAGUACAGGUUUAUGUACCAAGGUCUUGGCGUAAAUACAGGUUUAGGUACACAGGUUUAGGCAUAAAUACUGGUUUUGGUAUACAGGUUCAGGCACACAGGUUUAGGUUUACAUUUACAGGUUUAUGUAUAUUAAAAUAAUAUUCCCCUUUAAACUUGAGAACAGACAUCUUAACUCUAAAACAUAUCUUAUCCAAGUAAUUAAGAAAGAAUUGAAUUAGGGGGAACUUAUCAUAUCAACUUUGACAUUCAGUUAAGUUUGAAGUUGAUAUACCCAGUCAGAGAAGUGAAGCAGCUCGUGUGUGUGAAGAAAGAGAGGCAGAAAGAAAUUAACAAUAUAUUCUGAAAAGUUUCUUAAUGACAAAUCGUAAUUCACACAACAAUUAUAUCACUGGGUUUCGUGUGGCUACUAAAGUGACUGAACAUUAACGCCACGAGUAAGUUGACAGUGAUACGAGCAGUGAGCUACGGGAAAGUAUCUGCCUACUCUUUAAUUACUCUCUUCGUACUCUCCCCUCCCACGAUCAUUGACGUUAUAAUGUUAUUACUGUGCUUCAACUGCUGACAGAUUUUAAGUGCGUAACAAGAUUAGUAAUUACACUAGUAUAUCAACAAUUAAAAAUUACGAGAGAGAGAGAGCUCUUUUACUCUGUGCAUCCUCCAUUCAUACCGGUCUCUCUGCCUGGCGUACGAUUCAAGCUCUCCCGGCAUCGUGAAUUGUCGUAUUAUUCAAUAAAAUUUUUAAGAGUUUCCUCUCGUGACUAUAUUUAUAAAUCAGUGCAUUGAAGAUAUUUAAAAAUUGCGACCUCUACUCUAUAAUUGAACAUCACAGGGGCAGCGCGGUGUUGAUUGGUUGGAGGUUGAAGAUGUGGGCGGCUCUGUGGGUCAGGUCAUUCUUAUUAAAGCCAGGUUCGCGAUCCACGAGCGUCAGUCUACAGUAGUUUGUUGACAGGGGAGGAGGUGCGCUUUUAUAAUAAUACAGCACAUGACUCUGAACAUGACAUUCAGUUGUAUUCCGUCCUAACUUUGAGACACGAAGGGACUGACAUCGUCACAAUAAUCACCAAGUGAACACUUCUGCUAAUACAGUACACUGGAACACCACCGUGAUGGCUGGUGUCGUCCCCAAGGUACUUCGGCGUCACCUGCGCCGAGUCAACUCCCAAAUGAAGGCGGCGCAGCGGAGGAGCAGAGCCACACUCGCCACCACGCUGGAGGACCUUAAACCUCCCGUAGAGACCACUACAUCUGUUCUGCCACAACCCUCCCUUACCUCAAGUAAACCCAAGACCUACGACGAGCUGCCAACUCCCAAAGGCUACCCUCUCCUGGGCACCCUGCCGGAGUUCCUGGCUGCUGGCGGUGUCCAGCUGUAUCACAAGUACAUCUCUCAGCGGCACCGGGAGCUGGGAAGCGUCUUCAAGGAAAAUCUAGCGGGAUCUGAGAUGGUGUUCGUGUCAGACCCCGCCGACGUCAGGCAGGUGUUCGCCGCAGAAGGAGCGUUUCCGCGACAUUUCAUCCCCGAGGCGUGGCUCCUGUACAACCAAGACCGGCAGGUCAGCAGGGGGCUCUUCUUCAUGGAGGGUGAGGAGUGGAAGGAGAACCGUCGUGUGCUGAACCGCCGUCUCCUCCGCCCCAGCUCCGUGACACCCCACCACCCGGGCUUCUCACAGGUCGCUGAUGCCCUGGUGGACCGCUGGACCUCUCAGUUCUCGGGCAUCGCUGUCCCCAACCUGGAGCGAGAAUUGUACCGCUGGGCCAUUGAAUCCCUGGGCGUCAUGGUGUUCGGGAGUAGGUUGGGUUUUCUGCAGCAGGAACCUGGGAGUCCCGACGGCGCCCCCAACCGCAGCAGCAACAGUAGACAGGAGGAGAUGGAGAAGUUUAUAGAGGCGAUACACGGGAUCUUCAAGGAGACCUGUGCCAUGGGUACCUUCCCCCCUACCCUGGCCAGAGCCCUCCACCUCCCUGUCUGGACCCGCUUUGCUGAUGCUGUCGACCGCGCCCUUGUUGCCGGCCAACAGCUGGUGCAGGAGGGACUAAGGGAGUCACGGAGGAGGCAGGAGCUAGGAGAGGAGCCCGUGACCCUGCUGGACCACCUACUGCUGGAGGACAACCUCGACCACAACAGAAUCAUUCGUCUUCUUACCGACCUGUUCCUUGCUGCCGCAGAUACGACGUCCCACACAGCCAUCUGGUCCCUCUACCUGCUGGGAUGCUACCCUCAAGAGGCCCAGCGAGCACGUGAGGAGAUCAUGGCUGCCGUAGGUGGAUCUGGGAACGUACAAGGGGAACACCUGGCCUCCCUGCCAUACCUGAAGAGCGUGGUGAAGGAGGCACUGCGGCUGUACCCGGUGGCGCCCUUCCAGACUCGCGUCCUGGACCGUGACACACAGCUCUCUGGCCACCAAGUACCAGCUGGGACGAUGGUGGUGUUGUCUCUGUAUACAACGGGGCGUGACCCCACCCACUUCUCCAACCCUCACCACUUCUGUCCUGAGCGCUGGUUGAGGGACGUACCCGAGGCCACCACUGAACCUUCACACACUUGCUCCUACUCCAACACCUCCAUGUCAGCCCCCGACACCUUCCCUUCCUCCACUAACUCCACCAGCCGUCUUCACUCCCACGCCUUCAUCCCCUUCGGCGUGGGCGCUCGUUCAUGUAUUGGUCGCCGGGUGGCUGAGACACAACUUCACUUACUCCUGGCGAAGCUUAUACACAGCCUCGACCUGCGGGCAGUGAAUCGUGACAUGGUGAUGCGUAUGGUGGGCGUGACGUCAGAGCCCCUGCAGCAAGGUUGACCCCCUGAACGAGGGACACACCAAGUGAAGGUGUAGAGUGACGGCAGUGGUCCAGUGUGAUGGUAGUGUUCCCCCCUCCAGUUAGUGUGAAAAUUAAAUAUAGGAGGAAAAUCUGCUUCAUGUAUAUAAAACAUUAUUAUCAUUACCUUCGCCUCCCAUAACAAGAGGAAGCGUGGGUAUUGGCAUACGUGUGUGUGUGUGAGAGAGACUCGGACUAUAUUUAAGUAAUUAAGAUCAACCUGUAACAAAUAUCUAAUCACUAUGUUAAGUCAGUUUGUACCUAAAAUAACAUAGACACUUCGA